GGCUUAUUGAGUAAACGCUUCCGCGACUUAAACAAACACGUAACCAUGAUUCUAAAAACAAUUGUUUUGCUUCUUUUUGUAACUCUUCCUCUUGCUAGUUCGCGUCGUUGUUACUACGCUUGUAACUGUGACGAUUGUGAGUCUAUAACGGAACAAAAGUGCCCAAAUAGUGACGAUAUAUGUUACACCAUAGUUACAUCAGGCGACGUAACAAAAGGGUGUCUCAGUCGUGACUUGACUUCCAGUGUUUGUGACAAAGAAGACAGUUGCUCGAUUUGUGACGGUGAUUAUUGUAACUCUUCCACUAAACAUCUCCUGGCGUUACCAUCACUUCUGGUGGUAACAUUCGCAUUAAAAACAUUCUUCUAAGCGAAGAUUUAUGAUUAAAGCCAACGACCACAAACAAAACAACAACUAAUAAUCAAUAAAAAGAUUAAAAGUAAUAAAUUGCGAAAAAAAUCAGAAGACCUCACGAUGUAUCAGUCACAAAUUAUAGUUCUUCUGGCCCUAGUGCCCUUACUCUUAGCCCAAAGCACGAAAAUGUGUUACUCGUGCCAAGGCAAUUGUACUGUAACAAGUGACGUAACGAAAUGUUUAAGCCCUGACGAUAAAUGUUACGCGUUCGAAGAUUCACAAAACGGGUUUGUUAUCCAAUCCAAAGGCUGCGUCAGUUCUAUUCUCGCCGAGUCGUUGUGUAACGACAAUUCGAAGUGUUACACUUGCGACUACGAUCUGUGUAACACAAUUGUAGACCCCGGGGCUAAAAAUUGUUACGUCUGUAUUGACGAAUGCUCGGAACCGCCGCAACAACACAAUUGUCAAGAAGUUUUGACUGCGAGUGAAACUCGGAUUGUCAAGGCUGCCUGUCUCAGUUACACAAUCCAAAAUGGGGAUGAAGUUACAGUUUCUAAAGGCUGCAUCCAUGAUGAUAGUGUUAUCAGAUCGACCUGUUCCAUUUCCAAUAUUAAAUACCCACAAAUAACUUGCGCAAUGUGUGGUAGUAACCUUUGUAACGGUGAAACAGUUCCCGAGGAGGUUACUACCGUCGAUGAGUGUUACUACUGUGACCAGGAUUGUGCUGAGCCUUUGCAAACACAGAAAUGUGUGGAUGUUGUUGGGGAAGGCGUUAGCACGAAAUGUGCAGCUCUUGAGUUCACUUCUGGGGGCCAAAAGUAUGAAAUGAAGGGUUGUGUCGAAGAUAAUGCCCAAAUUCGGGCCAACUGUACGCUUGUGAACCAACUGGGUGGUAACUGCACACUUUGUGACACGAAUUUGUGUAACGGUAACCACAAACAAGUUGAUUCUGUUGAAGAGUGUUACCACUGUGAGAUGGAUUGUGAUGUGGUUGAAAUAGUCAAAUGUGCUGAUGUUUUGGGGGAUAAAGUUGCCAAAUGUGUCUCAGCUGUGAUAAUUGACGGAGAUGAAAAAAUUGAAUGGAGAGGUUGUGUGGAAGAUAGUGACGAAAAUAGGGAUUACUGUCACACGAUUAAGGAAGAAGGAGGUAAUUGUACAAUUUGUGACACGAAUUUGUGUAACGUGAAGGAAAAAGACGACACAAGUAAAGAAGAAGAAAAUAAUGCAAGUUUAAGAAAUGAAACAACAGUUUAUGUUUUCUUAAUUAUAUUUCUAAUAAAGUUUGCUUAACAAUAAAACGAGCGAAAUCGCAACAUUCAAAUUCAAAGUCUCCCCUCCAUUACAAAGAUUUUUAUCACAAUAAACACAACUAAUCCCUUCGUAUGCAUUAAACCGGGUGCAGAAUUUUUCAGCUUGAUCCAAACUCAUGCACUGUUUUCGAACUAAUGUCUCUGAAACCAGUCGUUUUGUCUCGAUUUUUUCAAGCGGUUGCUUCACCUGAAUCACCCCGUAUUGACAUACACCGUGUUUCCGAAUUCUUGUACCUGUGUGCACAAUUCUCAACGUUCCAUGGAAGUAGGCUACAGUCGUCCAAACAUUUGUAACACGACAAAUCACAAGAAACUGUAACGAUGUUCAAAAAAAAUUAAAAUGCGAUGCUUAUUAGUAUUACCUACUAUUUUGGAGUAAACAAAUUAGAAGUACGAGAGAUGAUAUCAUGAUGAUGUUUAUGCGUGAGCACUGAGAUAAGAUAAGUGUAUUUGUCAAAAAUUGACUAAUUCCAAGAUAUUUGGCAAUAACUGUCACAUUUAUUCAACCGAAAAUUUUUGUUCAACGCGCUUUCACACCAAAAGUAUGUCACACAAAAAAAAAUAAAAAAUAUGAUCGUUAUUUAUUAUCAUAUAAUCAAUGUUAUAAAACAAUAAAAUGCCAUCUGGGAAUCCUAGUAAUAAAAAAGUCUUACUUUAGGUAUAUUUAGUAGUAAAAUGGCAAACAUAGCCUUCAUAUCAAUUCUUUUGACUUCAGUUUUUUGUCAAACCCUUGCAGUGGAAGAAUGUUAUGUUUGUCUCGACCAAUGCACGGAGCUCCAAGUCCAUAAAUGUAAAGACGAUCUUUCAAACAAUACAAAAAUGAAUUGUUUCACCAUCGAAGUUAUUUUGAACGGCGCGAAAACGGUUGAAAAAGGUUGCCUUCCGGCUGAAACGGCUGAAAAUGUCUGUAAAAAAGUGAACCAAAUUUCGGGAACCACUUGUACCACUUGUGACAGUAAAUUAUGCAACGGUCAUGUUGGCGAAAAUUCGGGAGGGGAAAUGGUUGAACCAGUGCUACCAAUUGUGAUUUUCCUAACUAUUGUUUUUAAUGUAAUCUAAUGUCCCGAACGUAGUGAAAUUUUUUGUUUGUUUCAAUUUUAAUUAUAGUAUUUUAAGGCUAAAAUAUUAAAUUUUAUCGCUUGA